AUGGGUGAUAAUAAGAAAUUGAUUUCAUCUUCUUCUUCUUCAAGCACCUCGAUUUACGAUACUACUCGUGUUGGUGGUAAUAACAAUCAUCAUCAUCAUCCACCGUCUUCUUCCGACGAGAUUUCUCAGUUUCUCCGGCAUAUUUUCGACCGUUCUUCUCCUUUACCUUCUUACUAUUCUCCGGCGAUGAUUUCGACGGCGACGAUCGGUGACCCACAUGCAGAAAACCCGAGUUGUUUCGUUUCUUCUUCUCAUCCUCCACCACCACCGACGAAACGCGCCGGUGGUGGUGAUUUCUCGGAGGUUUUAUUCGGUUCUACCGCCGUUGGAUCAGGCUCUUCCUCCGCCGCGUGUUUUGGUUUCUCCGGUGGUAAUAAUAAUGCUCAAGGAAACAGCUCAGGGACUAGAGUGUCGUCUUCUUCAGUUGGUGCUAGCGAGAACGAAACCGAUGAGUAUGAUUGCGAAAGCGAGGAAGGAGGAGAAGCUGUGGUUGAUGAACCUUCUUCUAAGUCAGGUCCUUCUCGUAGCUCAUCUAAGAGAUGCAGAGCUGCAGAAGUUCAUAAUUUGUCUGAAAAGAGGAGGAGAAGUAGAAUCAAUGAAAAGAUGAAAGCUUUACAGAGUCUUAUUCCAAAUUCAAAUAAGACGGAUAAAGCUUCAAUGCUUGAUGAAGCUAUAGAGUAUCUGAAACAGCUUCAGCUUCAAGUCCAGAUGUUGACAAUGAGGAAUGGAAUGAACUUACAUCCUCUGUGUUUACCUGGAACUACAUUACACCCAUUGCAACUCUCUCAUAUGCGACCUGUGAUUCCUCAAGAACCAACCAAUGAUUCUCUACUUAAUCACACAAAUCAGUUUGCUUCGGCUUCUAAUGCACCGGAUAUGAUCAACACCGUGCCUUCUUCAUACACGAUGGAGCCUUCCAUUCGCAGUCACUUUGGACCUUUCCCUCUCCUUACUUCACCCAUGGUGCGCGAAAUGAGUCGAGAAGGCGGGUUAACUCAUCAAAGGUUGAACAUUAGACAUUCCAACACAAACUUAACCGGGGAACAAUCUACGUUUGAUGGACAACAGCCUGACCGAAAAGAUCGACUUACUUGA